CGUGUGCUGGUUAUGAAUAAAGAAAAUAAAUUAAUUUAUGAAACUAUUGAGAGUUUUAUUCAUUUACAACGAAACGAUUUGUUUAGUUUUUUUAUUAAUUAAUAUAGCUAUUGAUGAUCAGAAAUAUUACAACGCCUUUAUUUAUAUUACCUAAUCAAUCAAUAUUGUUACCAAAUCAUACAGAAUUAAAAACUGCUAUCUUUUCUAAUCAACUACAUUCAAGUGAUCAUAUAAAAUAUGUUUAUAAAAUGAAAUUAUAUUAGCUAAAAUUCAAAAUAUUUAUUUAACAAUAGCGAAGAAGGUUAUUAUGCACCAUUAAUUCCAUCAUCUACAAUUAUAAUGGAUAUUGUUUUGGUAUCAAAUGAUGUAUCAGUUAACAAUCAUUAUGUACCUCAUACUAUUAUGAAAGCAUAUCGAUGGAAAAUUCAAUGA